CCAUCACAGCCGCAGCAGUACCAGCACCACCAGCAACAACAGCAGUACAAGCCACCACCACCACAGCCACAGCCACAGCAGCAAUACAAGCCACCACCACCACCACCGCAGCAGCAGCAGCAGGCCAGCAAGCAGUACCUCCGGGCUGAUGACCACAGCUACAGUGUGGAAUCCCUGCUUGGUAACCCCAGGGUGGAGCUCUCACAGCCUGUACUCCCCACCCCUGUACACCCCACAGCCCUCCUCCCCACCCCUUCAUACCCACCACCCCUGCUGCCCCGUGUCCUUCCAGGCCCUUUGCUGACCACCCCCAUACCCCCCAAGAGCCAGCCAGACAAUGAGAUGAUGGUGAUGUCCUUCCUCAAUGAGCUGGAGGGAGGGAAGAAGGUGCCAAGCAGCGCAGCACCUCCCAUCCCUCCUGCCACUCUGCAGAAGCCCCUGCCACCCACGCCAACCUCCAGCUUCUCCCAGGUGCUGGUAACUCACCCACCACUCCACCCACACCUCACCCCCACCACCCUCCACCUGGUCCUGCCGGGUGACACCAGCAUCCCCACCACUGCUGCCACCACCAGGGUGAACCACAAUGGCAACACCCCCGGCCUGCACAUCAGCAUCCCCCACAUCUCACCCCUGACCCAUGAGGUGUCACCCCCGCAGGAAACCACCACCCCCACCACCACUGCCACCACCAUCAGGAUGCAGCACACCUCACCCAUGACCCAUGAGGCAUCACCCCCACAGGAGCCCAUGUCCCUGAACCCUGUGUACCCCGGCAGCUGCGAGGGCGAUGGCAACGGUGAGGGGAGUGGUGGCGCCCCCAUGGUCAGGCUGGAGCGCGGUGACUCGGCUUCCUCUAUGAGUCAGCUUGACCUUGCCCUCAGCGAUGACUCCAAUCCUCUCCUGGACCAGCUUGAGUCAGCGCUGGAGAGUGACAGCAGCAUUCAGGCCAAGGCAUCCCCUGAGGGUCCAGUGCCGGCUGAUGCCUCCUGCUGCUCAGAUGACGCCAGGGAGGUGGGAGAGGCUGCCAAGGAGCAGCCCCACAUCCCCAGACGGAGAUGUUCAUGUCACUGCUGGACGCCCCUUCAUCAGACGCCACCAGACAUGCCCCUCUGCAGCCACAGUCCCCACAACAACCCUCACCACCCUCACACCCAGCCCAACCCAUGCUCACAGACACACAGGAGCAGGACAGUGUGCCUGGUGCUGCCACGAGACCCUCACAGGACUCACAACAACAGCAGGACAAAGGUGUGCACCCUGAGGCCUCAGAGAAGGUUCCGUGCCUUGCAGCCGCAGGACACCCCCGCCGGACACCACCAAGGAGGAUGCUGGAGGCUCUCCCAUAGUAGCACAGAUUGUCCCUCUGUGUGCCACCAGGAAGCCUGCACAGGGCACCCACAAGGAAACCCCCAAGGUAACACCCAUGGUAGUGCAAAUCAGUUCCCCCAGUGGAGACAGUGGCUCUCCAGAAGACACACACAUAGAAGAGGACCAAGCCUCACCCACUGAUGCAGAGAUGGAUGCUGCUGCUGCUGCUGCUGCUGGACCUUCAGACAACACAAAGGACACCCCAACAGCCCCCAAGAGUCCAGAAGAGGUGAGUGUGGUGUCCCCUACAGCCAGUCCUGUGCCAGACACCCCAGCACGUGAACCCUCGCCGCCCAAGGACACUCCAGAAUCCUCACAGGACACCGAACUGGUAGGGGAGACCAUCUCAGAGGACUCAGUGCAAGCCUUAACUGACAUCGAGGCACCUUCCGGGGACUCUGAGGCCAAACAAGACACUGCACAAGACUCCACACCGAGGGACACCUCAAACCCCUCUAAGGACAUCCCUCCCAGAUCCUCCCCGACAUUGCCAGAUGCCGCCACUGCUGCCCCAGGGGAAAGUGAGGAGGGGAACACGUCCCCACAUGAGAUUGCCACAGUGUACAUCAUCGAGCCAAAGCAGGAGAACGUCUCACCCGAGAAGCAGGUGCCGGAGAUUGUGGAGGUGACCCCUGAGGUGAGUGAUGAGGACAGUCAGCAGCAGCAGCAGCAGCACCCGGAGCCACAGCUGGAGCCAGCAGCCCCAGAGAAGGAGAGCAGCAAUAAGCAGCACAAGCAGGAGGUGAUUGAGGUGAGUCCUGGCAGAGCGGACAAGGAGGCAGUGGUGGGCAGCCAGCUAGAGUUGAGGACCAAGAAGGUGAAGGUGCCGAGGAAGGAGACACACUUCUUUGAGCCAACGGUGGUGCCGCCAGAGAAGCAGAAGCUGAUGGUGAUGUGCUACGUGUGCGACACCAACGUCAAGGUGGCAAAGUUCAAGCACCACUUGUUCUUUGGGUUUGUGCGGUGCCACUACUGCAACCGUCGCCUCAUGGGGUGCCGCCUGCUGAUGGAGGACCUCAACAACCCUGAGAAGAGCGUGUGCUUCAGCAGCCCCUCCAGGGUGCACAGCUUCAGCAAGUGGGCAGGCGACCCCAUAGAGCACCUCUCCUACUACAUCCGCAAGGACCUGGUCAUCAAGCGCUUCUGUGCCGGCAAGACCAAGCCGCCACCUGUCCCGGAGAUCGUGGCUGAGAUCCACAGCUAUAUCUCCCGGCUGUCGGUGCUGGAGUCCAUCGGGCCGUGGUGCUACGCCUUCGAGCGCUGCCAGAAGUACAUCCAAGAGAGAAUCAAUGCCGAACCCAAAGCAUUCGACCAAAAUCUGAGGAACUCCAUCAGCGCGUCACUGGCCGCCCACUCAGCAAGACUGGGGCCCAGCAGUCCCCUGGUGGAUAGAGCCAAGAGCCCCAAUACUGAGGGUAGCAGGCCAGCCACCUCCACCCCACCCCAGGAGCGCACCGCCACACCGCCCGUCCCCCAGCCAGCGGAGGACAAGGAGAGCAGGACGUUGCCGGUGAUCCAGGCGGUGACCUCAGAGAAAGUGACAGUUGAGCCAGUCAUUGUGAUGGAGCCGCCGGUCACACAGUCAGAGGAGUCUGUCGACGACCCCAUGGAGACAGUGGAUGACCCCCUGUCUGACGCACCAGAGAACGCCCCGCCAACGCCUGAGGCUUCCACACCCGCCUCAACACCGCAGCCAGCAGAGGUGCCACACAAGACCCCCAGGUCAGCAGAGAAGCCGUCAGAGGAAACCACAAGCAGAGUUACGCCACCACCCAAGGCCAUGCCAGUCAACCAGACCAUAACCCGGCUGCGGGACAUGCUGAGCGGCUCCGUGAACUCCUCCAGGAGAUCGUCACCAUCACGCUCCUCCAGGACAUCAAAAACAGCCACGCCGGAGCCACCACCCACCGCCCAAUCAGACGUGGAGCUUGUCAAUGACACCCGCACCACCACUAACUCAGCCACCACCACUGCCGCCAUCACCACCACCACCAUCACCACCCGAACCGCUGCCAUCACCAAGAAGAGCAUAGCUGGCACCACACUCAUCCGGCAGUGGGGCACCAAGGCCAAGGUCCACACGCCAGCCGUCCGCCGCAGCACACAGGGCGAGUCGUGGCCGGUGAAAAACGAGAACUACCUCAUCAUCAAAUACCCGACGGAGGCUUGCCCCGACUUGUGCCCCUCCUGCUACACCGCCUUCAACCCCAUGCAGGCCACCGUGCAGUGCUCCUCCUUCCUCAUGACCGUCAGGUGUGAGUCCUGCAAACUGACCCUCUUUGUCUCGCAGGACCCGCCCUCGCCGCGCCCUCGCAAGAAACGGAGGUUGUGAAUGUCGGGUGUGGCUUUCUUGGGGCAGUGGCGUGGCGUGCUGUCCAAGUGUCUUGUGCUUAACUGUGUCGGUGGCAGGUGAGCAUGGUGUUCUCAGCUUUAUGGUUAGAGGUGGUAGCUGUCAAUCCUGGCUGAAAUAGACAUUAAAAGGAGAGAUAUUAAGACAUUUUUUGAGAUUGGAGUGGUGAUGUGCAAUUGAAGUAAAGGAGAGAUAGAGAAUUAAAGAGGUGAGAUUUUUGAGCUGGCAGUCAAAUCUGGAUGAAAUAAAAAGGAGAAAUGAACAGGAAAGAAAAAAAAAAAAAAGUCAUUAGAUAAUUGUUUCCUAUGGUGCCAGAAGCUAUGAGAAAUAUAUCAUGAAAAAUACAAAGAAGAGAAAGAAAUAAAAAUAAAAAAGUGUGAAGAGAACAAACCAAGUAUUUGUGUACUGAGUGAGUGUAUGAGAAGUUUGUGAGUGUUGUAGUUAUAUCAGUUGGUGUUUGUAUCACUUUGAGUCAACCUGAGUCAGAUGCAACACACACAUCAUUACCAAUUACCAUUAUUAUUACCAUUAUUCUUAACAUGGGCCGGGCUGGCUAUGAUAGUCUGUGUGUGCUAGUAAGGAGACUGCUAGUGAUAGUAAGGAGAGCUUCGGAAUGUGCCGAGUGAAUAAUUAAGUGCAAAUAGAUAUCACUAGGUGAGCUAUUAUAAUUUUGUGUGUAAGAGAGAUCAGAUUGUGUUAGUGAAGUACCAGAGAAAGAGAGAGAGAGAGAGAGAGAGUAAUUUUUGUCACCAGAAAGUCAUUAGGUCCCACAAAGAGAGAUGGACAGACGGACAGUACUAGUGACAGACUGGUAAUGUUUAAGGUACCACAACACACACACACACACACACACACACACACACACACACACACACACACACACACACACACACACACACAGAGACAAUCAAAACAUGCUUCAGCUGUUUAGUAAGCUGUGUUUGAUUAAGAAGGGAGUUAAGGAUUUGAUGUUCCAGUAAGUGUGAGAUUGAGGGAACAGUUUGCCUCAUCAAAGUUUCAGUGAGUUUGAGGUUUGUUAAAGUCAUGCAGGGCGACUCAGAGGUUUUGUGUCGCUGUGUCAGUCAUGUUACCUUUUAUUUAUUUAUUUUUUUCCAUUUCUUUCUUCAUUUUUUGUAUUCAUUUAUUUAUUUAUUUAUUCAUUAUUAUUAUUAUUUUUUUUUAGAUGGAAUGAGUUUUUAAAAGACGAAUAUAAGUUUGUCAAAAAAUACUUAUGAAUUUUUCUAAAGACUAACAUGUUGUCAGACGAUGAGCAAGAGUUUGUGGAAAGAUUACGGUAAUUUGUGUUUAAAAGAUAGAUAGAAGUUUGUGAAAAGAGAAAGAAAUUGAGUUUGUUAGAAAGCGAAUAUGAAUUUCUUAAUAAAACCAACAUAACUUUAUCAGAUGAAUAUGAGGUUGUGAAAAGAUAAAGAAUAGUUUGUCAGAUGAACACAAAUUUAUCAAGUGAUCAAAUUGACUCACUACUCUUGCCACGAUCAUAACAGCCAUUUAAUAACUAGAAAUUAUUGAUAAGCGAUACAUUUACCUUUGUGUCCGGAGUGUUGUGUCACCGCGCCAAGACUUACAGAGGAAAGAAAUCUGUCACUAAGUAAACUCUGUGCAGACAAAGGAACCCAGACGUCCGUGGCUUUAGACAGGCUUGGUGCUCUCAUUCAGCAUCAUCACAACUCCUUAUGAAGUCUGGGAAGCUUUGUGGGGUAGGAUGAGUUAGGUUAGGUUCACCAUAAAUUAGGUGUAGUUAGUUUUUUUUUUAUUGGUUGUUUUGAUUAGGUUUGAUGGAAGGCAUUGUGUGUUUUCAAGUUUGUAUUCUUAGGUUAGGUUAGGUUAGGAAGAGGAGGGAAGAAGAGGGAAAGAGGAGGGAAGAGAGGAAGAAUCAAGCAUGCCCGUUAAAUUUUUCAGAGAGAGAGAGAGAGAGAGAGAUUCCUUAGGUUAGGUUAAGUUCACCAUAGAUUAGGUGUAGUUAGUUUGUUUUUGUUUGUUGUUUUGAUUAGGUUUAGUGGAAGGCAUUGUGUGUUUUCAAGUUUGUAUUCUUAGUUAGGUUAGGUUAGGUUAGGUUAGGUUUUCCAUAGUGUUUCUUGAUUAUUAUUAUUAUUAUUAUUAUUAUUUAUUUUCAUUAGGAUUUUUUUUUUUCCAGUAUGUUUUCUUAGUUAGGUUAGUUUAGUUAGAUUAGGUUAGAUUUUCUUCUUUUUCUUUUUCUUUUUCGCUUCCUUUCUUUCCUCCUUUCUUUUGGUGACACAAUUUGAUGGAAGACGUUGUGUGUUCGUUAGCAGUGUAUUCUUAAGUUUGGUUGUCUUUAUGAGGCAUGUAUUAUUUUGUUAAGAUAGGUUAGGUUAGGUCUCCUUUGUUACAAUGAGGUUCAGUGGACGGCAUUGUGUUCUUCAGGUGUGUGUUAGUUUUAUGAUAAUCUAACCUCUUGUCCUGUACACCUUAAUUAAAUGUUAUGCAAGUGAGUUUGUAAAGAAAGUGUGUGAGUAUGUGAGUGAGGUGAUGGUGCUGAGAGGAGCCAGGAAGACAAUGAGAGUUUCUGAAGGUAAAGGAGGAGAAAGAUGACUAGAAUAUGAGAGUAAGGAAGGAGUGUUUGUUGUGACCUUUGAGAAUUUUCAUAGAGAGAAAUUAAUUGUCCUGUAAUUUGUGAAGGUAGAAAAGGAGGAGUGACUAGGGAGUAUGGAAACAAGUACAGCAAAUUAGAAGCAUUUAUUGCCACUCUAAACAGCAAAAUAUGUCAGAUGAAUACUAGUACCUUGAUAUUUGUGAAGGUGAAAGAUGACGCUAUGGGAACAUGUAGGGAAAAAAUGGAAACUUGAACUACUGUUGCCACUUUAGAGAACAUUCAUAAACAGCAAAACUUUAGAUGAAUAUUAGUACCUCGAUAUCUAUGAAGGUAAAAAAAUGAUGGUGUAGGAAGAAAUAAGCGAAAAAAAAAUUGAGACCUAUUAUUACCACUUUAGCGAACAUUUAUAAACACUAAAAUGCCAGAUGAAUAAAUACCAACUUUUCAUUUUCUUCUUUUUUUUAUGUAAAGGUGUAAAUUAGAUGUUAUUAUGAAGCUGAAGGAGGAGAAGGAAUGUAAAGAGUUAAGGACCUUAUAGUAUUAACACAACACUGCAAACACUUCCUUUGACAAACCAGUAUUAUUGCUUUGCAUACAUUCGCUGUGGUGCCGAGAAACAACACUCACUUGUAAUACUCUUCAACAACACUUACACACACAACACACACACAUACAUCACUUUCAACACUAUUCCCAACUCACAAUACUCACAACGCACUCACUCUCUCAUAAUACUCUUCAACAAUUACACACUCACACUCAUACACGCACAACACACACACACAACACUCAAAACACACGUACUCACACAGAAACUUGUAACACUCAAACACAACACUGCCCCCUCCCCAAACACACACAGACAACACUCCCAACACACACUCACUCAAAACACUCUUAACAGACACACAACACUCCCACACAACAUUCAUUCCUCAGAGAAAUAAAAAUGUGUGUAAGAAUGGAAAGAGAACCAAAUAUUAUAUACCUAGAUUGAUUGAUUGAGACACUGUAAGGCAUUGCUGGAAACUCACUGUUAUUGUAUCCUAGUCUUCAAUGUAUGCAGUGGAAGAGGAGGCUAACUAAACUGUAAAAAGAUAGAGAGAGAUUAAAGAGAGAUUGAUUGUUAUAACACUAAGGGCAUAUGGCAUUAGAGACGACCUUUAAAAGAAAUUAGGCUUUUUAAAUUGUGUUCAUUAUUAGUAAACGUCACCCAGGUUUCUCAAUUCUCAAAGUCGCUGAUGCAUUUUUUGAUUGUGUGUGUUGUAAUGACCUGUGAAAUAUUCGUUCUGAUAAUUUCCACCACCGAUAGUAUAUAUAGUUUUAGUUUUCCAAGGUGUCUGUGUGUCGGUGUGUAUGUGUGCGUGUGUGGAUUUCUACAUAGUAUAUUAGAGUUAGAGUGGUUAGGGAGCGUGCACUGUUCUGUGUGUGUCGGGGAAGAAUUGAGUAACAAGAGACGCAUUCACAAAUAGAUUUUAUACUUUUCCUUCUUCUUGUUUGACGUCUCAUGCUCAAUAAACAGUGUCAACAGAA